CUUAGUUCAGACACGGACCGAGAGCAUACAGCGGCGGACUCUCCUCCUCCCCCUCUUCCACCGUCACUCUCUCUCUCUUUUUUUACUGUCUCUCUCUUUUUCUCUCUCUUCCCAUACACCAUCCAUCCAUAUGCGUCUUUUGGAUACAUGCCUCUCCUAGAGCGCGUCAAGCCCGCCUGGAUCAGUCCAUCCACCCACAUGCCAUCUCCACCGGAGUCCCGCUGCAAGCUCGCGUCCGCGGUGAUGAUGGCUGGCUGAGAUUCUCGCAGCAGCCUUCAUCCUCCAGCCACACGCCUCGGUGCGGCUUCCCUCCUUGGAUCGUGGCUCUCUGCGCAAUGGAUUUACGGCUGUUAGAGAAAAGUUGGAUUUCGUGAAGAGCCCCGUGGAACCCUAACAUGGACAGAAUAGGAGGGCGUUUGUAAUACUCCCAACAAAAGAUUUAUAAAAAGGUGUUUCUGGGUUGGAAUCACAUCGUGAGAGGAAAUGCACAGAGCGUGGAUACUCUUCUUUCUAAUAGAAGACGCUUUCGCUCUGGCACAGAGAACUGAAGACUCCCCGAGCGAUCAUGGUGGCCAGAGCCCCAACCAGAACGACUGUGGCACGUGGGUCCGCAACAUCAAUGGCGGGGUGUUCACGUCGCCAAACUACCCCAACACCUAUCCGCCCAACAAGGAGUGCGUUUAUAUCCUGGAAGCUCUUCCUAGACAAAGGAUUCAGCUAGCUUUUGAUAAGAAUUACUACAUCGAGCCAUCAUUCGAGUGUCGCUUCGAUCACAUCGAAAUCCGCGAUGGGCCAUUUGGGUUCUCGCUGCUCAUUGAUAGCUUCUGUGGCGGAAAGAACCCGGGCCUGGUUACAUCAACGGGGCGCUUCAUGUGGAUCAAGUUCACCAGCGACGAGGAGCUGGAAGGCCUGGGCUUCCGCAUUAAGUACACCUUCAUUGCAGACCCUGAUUUCCAUCUGCACGUGGGCGGACUGCUAAAUCCCAUUCCAGACUGUCAGUUUGAAAUUGGCGGAUGGGAUGGGAUUAUUCGCUCCAGUCAGGUGGAGGAGGAAGAGAAAGUGAAGCCCGGUGAUGCUCUGGACUGUAUCUGGACCAUCAGGGCACCUCCUCAGUCCAAGAUCUACCUGCGCUUCAUGGAGUACCAGAUGGAACACUCCAACGAGUGCAAGAAGAACUUUGUGGCCGUGUACGACGGCAGCAGCGCCAUCGAGAACCUCAAGGCCAAGUUCUGUAGCACAGUGGCCAAUGAUGUGAUGCUGGAUAGCGGCGUGGGAGUCGUGCGAAUGUGGGCGGAUGAGAAGAGCCGCCUCAGCCGCUUCCGCAUGCUCUUCACCUCAUUUGUUGACCCCCCCUGUUCAAGCAAUUCAUUCUUCUGCCACAGCAACAUGUGCAUUAACAACUCCCUGGUGUGCAAUGGAGUUCAGAACUGUGUCUACCCAUGGGACGAAAACCACUGCAAAGAGAAGCGUUCUAAUGGGCUUUUCCAUCAGAUCACUAAGACCCACGGCACCAUCAUUGGUGUCUCAUCAGGCAUAGUUCUGGUUCUUCUUAUCAUCUCUAUCCUGGUCCAGAUGAAGCAGCCAAGGAAAAAGGUUGUAGCCCGCCGGCCCGGUGUGUUCAACAAGGCGGGCUUCCAGGAGGUCUUUGACCCGCCCCACUACGAGCUCUUCUCUCUUCGUGACAAGGAGAUGUCGUCCGAUUUAGCUGACCUGUCUGAGGAGCUGGACAGCUUCCACAAGCUGCGGCGUUCCUCCACUAUGUCCCGCUGUGUCCACGAGCACCACUGCGGCUCGCAGGCCUCGGUGGCUACAGGCGGCGGCAGUAUGAAGCACAGCCGCACCACCCUGAGCUCCAUGGAGCUGUCCUACCACAACGACUUCUCUAAGCCGCCGCCCAUGAAGACUUUCAACUCCACUGCCAGCUACAAGAAGAGCUGCUACGGCUACAAGCAGCACUCACAGACUCACGACUGCGACCAGCAGGUCAUCGAAGACCGCGUCGCUGAGGAGCUCCCGUGUGAAAUCUAUGGCCGUGGUGGAGGAGGAGGAGUGGUGGGAGGAGGAGCCAUGGGUGGAGCAAUGGGAGGAGGUGGAGGAGCAUCAGGGAUUGCAGGAGGAGGGAUCGGAGGAGCGGUGGGAAUAACGGGAGGAGUGGCGAUGGCGGGGGGAAUGGGUAUGGCGGGGCCCAGUGGCAUCACUGGAGGGAUCGGCGGCGGGAUGUCAGGAGCCUGCGGAACCCUCAGUGUCCGUGGCAACAGCGCUCGUAACAGUACCACCAUAGUUGACCCACAGCAGCGCUCCAUGUCCAUGGACUUCUAGAUGGUGAAUGGAGAAAGGGAACGCAGACAGAUCUCAUGUUUCACUCAUGGAAAGAAGAGACGGGGAAGGGUAGAUGGGAAAGUCUCAAUAAUCUUAAAUGGAUCACUCCUCUUCCCUCUUCUGCCUUUGCUUUCAAAGCAGUAUUUUAAGUAUUACACUCAAAGUCUUGUCUGAUAGUUUGGGAAAUUGGUAGAUACAAACCAAGGAUCACAAAGCAGAUAAAACAGGACUGUUUGGUUCUAUCCUUCCGGAUACUGAACGAUGGAGGGCAGAGGAGGCGGAGACAUCUUGUCUCUCCUCCAGUCUUACACUCUUUUAAUCUCUCCUUUUCAUAAGACAAAUAUAGGAAAUGAGUUCUCGCAUGCAGACCCAGACCUCUCUCUGUUUGGGAGCCUAUAAGACCAGGUCGCCACUCAGCAAGGACAGAGACGGAUGAAGAGACGCCCUGGACUGACUUUCUACAUUUAUUCACCCGACAUGCACAGAUAUAUGAUAUCAAGUGCGUCUUCUAAUAAUUUUAGUCUUUAUUUUUGUCAGUGUAAUGUACUGGUAAAACCAGUACAUAUCCAGCCUCAUGAUGAUGCUUGGCUUUUAACUCUUUAAUCUUUUUGCUCAGAUGAUUUCAUGAAGAUUUGAUGAUGAGGAUGAAGUUGUUGUUGUUGUUAAUGAUGAUCAGAAAUAUGAUGUUAAAGAUGUGAUAUUGCUAUAAUAAUUCUGUAGUUUUUAUGGUUACCUCGCACAUACACAGAGGGCCCGCUCCGUUCACUCUCUCCUCAGGAAGAGCACAUGAAGAGACCUAGUCUUAUUUUGGUAAGAAAUAGAGGGAGGGAAAGUAUAUUUCUGCUCUUUGAGCAUUGCAGCAUAUGGACAUUCAGGCUAUUAGUGAUCAUUUAUGGAACAGGAAAUGUUUGUUGUGAGACCUGGACUGAAUCAAAAUAGAAACCAUCCCACUCCCAUAGCCUACUCCUACCAGGAGAACAUGUAACUUCUGAAUUUCCCCAUGAACUGAGUGUGUAAAACAAGCACAACCUGUUAACCUGAAGAGACAAACGGGUAGCCUAUAUGGGACUCAAUUAUGAUGUUUUUCCACUGGUUGUAUAAUUUCAUUCUGUUGAAUUAAAUGACUUUACUCGCC